AUGUCAUCGAACACCUUCUCCUCCCCCGCCUGGUGGAAGGAGUCCUGCAUCUACCAAAUCUACCCUGCAUCCUUCAAGUCCUCCCCCAACAACAAGUCCGGCUGGGGCGACAUCAAAGGCAUCACCUCCAAGCUCGACUACCUCAAAGACCUCGGCGUGGACAUCCUAUGGCUCUCUCCAAUCUUUAAAUCUCCCCAAGUCGACAUGGGCUACGACAUCAGCGAUUACAAAGACAUAGAUCCCACCUACGGCUCCCUAGACGACGUGGACGAACUGAUCUCCAAGCUCAAAGACCGCGAUAUGAAGCUCAUGAUGGACUUGGUUGUCAACCACACCAGCGACCAACACGCCUGGUUCCAGGACUCCCGCUCCUCGAAAACUUCCUCUAAGCGCGACUGGUACAUUUGGCAACCUCCCCGCUACGACGCCGAUGGAAACCGCCAGCCACCGAACAACUGGGCCCUCAUUCUUGGAGAAGCCAACAGCGCCUGGACCUGGGACGAGCACACGCAAGAAUACUUCCUCGCCCUCUUCACCCCCGAGCAGCCCGACCUCAACUGGCGCAACCCGGCCGUCCGCGAAGCCGUCCACGACGUCCUGCGCUUCUGGCUCGACCGCGGCGUCUGCGGCUUCCGCAUGGACGUAAUCAACCACAUCAGCAAAGUCUCCGGGUACCCGGACGCCAAAAUCAUCGAUCCUUCCGCCCCUUACCAACCGGGCCACGCCCACUACGCCAACGGGCCCGAACUGCACAACUACCUGCAGGAAAUCCACUCGGAAGUCCUCAGCAAGUACCCCACCAUCACCGUCGGCGAGAUGCCCUUCGUCAAAGACGACUCCGAGAUCCUGCGCGUCGUGUCCCCCGACCGCAACGAGCUCAACAUGAUCUUCAUCUUCGAGCUCGUCGACGUCGACAACGUCCCGGGCUCCUUCCGCCUCACCCGCCACGAAUGGCACCCGCGCGACCUGCGCCGCAUCGUCUCGCGCUGGCAGAACGUCAUGCAGGAGUGCAACGGCUGGAACAGCGUCUUCAUCGAGAACCACGACAACCCGCGCAGCCUGACGCGGUAUGUCGACGAUUCGGACCAGUUUCGCGAUUUGGGGGCCAAACUCCUCGCGCUCAUGCAAUCCACUCUUUCGGGGACACUGUACGUCUACCAAGGCGAAGAACUCGGGAUGCGCGACCUUCCCCCGGAGAUCCCACCGGAAGAGUACAGGGACAUCGAGUCCCAAAACUUCUGGCGCAAGUCCCUCUCCCUCUACCCGAACAACGAGAAAGGCGGUCUCGACGACGCGCGCAAGACACUCCAACGCAAGGCGCGCGACCAUGCUCGGACUCCUGUCCCUUGGUCGCCCGAGGGCCCUAACGCCGGGUUCUGUGAUGAGGGUGUGGAGCCGUGGAUGUGUCUCAACCCCGACUUCACCUCCUACAACGCCUCCGCGCAGCAAAACCCACCCGAAGGUAGUGGCGAGGGAUUGACCGUCUUCCAAUUCUGGCGCCGCGCCCUGCGUAACAGGAAAGAGCACGCCAACACCUUCGUCUACGGCACCUUCACCGAGCUGCCCUCAAACGCAACGGAGGAGGUCUUCGCGUACACGAAGACCGCCGCGGAUGGGAAGGAGGCUUUUGUGGUGGUGCUGAACUUCUCCGGCAAAGAGGUUGAAUGGGCUGUGCCUGAGGGUGUGAGCGUGGAACGGUGGGUAGCUGGGAACUGGGAUGAUGACGGGGCUGACAAGGGGACAUCUGGUGAGAUUAAACUGAGGGCGUGGGAGGGAUUGCUUGGUAUGGUCAAGGUGUGA